AUGUCAGUCAUCGAGUCUCACGUAACGAAGUCGGCAAACGACGACGCCCAUGAUGCGGUCAUUCCUACGCCAACUAUUGACAUCGAGAGUCUAUCUUACAAAGGAUCCGACGGAUGGUUCGCCCAAACGAAUUUGACCACAGAACAGACGAAUGCGCUCAUAUACUAUCUAUGCACCAAGUAUCAUGCUGUUGAAAUUGGGAUUGCUCUUCCGUUCAUCGAGGUCAUGUGCCGUGGAGGCCCCCCCGCUGAGGAUAACCGCCCCCCUACCAUCGCUGACGCGAUCGCAGUCUGGAGGUCAGAGGACGACGGUAUGUUUUCGCCGAUCUUUGGAGAGUUCGCCUGGGGAGACGAAAUCGACAUCGACAAGAUCAUUGUUUCAAUGAUAAAGCCCCGCGCACCUCUUCCUCAGCAAGCCAUUGACUUCUUCGCCUUUGAACUCGUUCCCGACUGCAUCGGCCUGGCCGUCAUCUAUAACACUCUUGUCAUCGAGCUUCCAGAGACGGACUUCGAAACUUUCCACCGCCGUCUCGCAACGCUUACUGACAGAAUUUGCGGCGUUCCCUUGCCUUCGAACUACAACAAUGGUCCUUUGCCCAAUUCCGAGCACACGAUCGAUUCGGGCGCGGCCAGAAACCAGCGAUUCAUCAGCAUGGGAUGGCGGUAUUCAAAGGUUGUUGGGGCCCGCGGCUCCUUCGUCCAACAGACAGCCUAUGCUGAUUUGCAACUGAGAAACGCAGAUACUGCCGGCGAAUUCAUUCGCUAUUCUGACGUGUUCGACCCUCUCAUCGAAAUAGGUUCUGAGGUAACGCUGUGA